UUCGAGUUAGUAAAGCAAGAUGGCGACGACGGGAGAAAUUUCUUCGUCUGAAAGCCCUAAUUCUACCUCGCAAGCUAUGACAGAUCGACUGAUGCUUCUUUACCCCGCAGUGAACGAGGAUGACACUCCGAUACCCCGCUCAUGGAGCCCAAAAGAUAAAUACAAUUACAUCGGCCUUUCUCAAAAUAAUCUGCGUGUUCAUUACAAAGGGGUGGGCAAGACCCCAAAGGAUGCUGCAAGCGUGCGUGCUACCCACCAUAUUCCUGCAGCAUGUGGAAUAUACUACUUUGAAGUGAAAAUAAUCAGCAAAGGCAGAGAUGGAUAUAUGGGCAUCGGUCUCUCUACCCAGGGGGUCAACAUGAACCGGCUGCCAGGUUGGGACAAACAUUCCUAUGGUUACCAUGGUGAUGAUGGCAACUCAUUCUGUUCCUGUGGAACUGGCCAACCAUACGGUCCGACUUUCACAACAGGCGAUGUGAUUGGCUGCUGCCUCAACCUUAUUGACAACACUUGUUUCUACACUAAGAAUGGUGUAAACCUAGGUGUAGCUUGUACAGAUCUCCCGCCCAAGCUGUACCCAACUGUGGGUCUGCAGACUCCAGGAGAAGUGGUGGAGGCCAACUUUGGACAGAGUCCCUUUGUCUUUGACAUAGAAGAUUACAUGAAGGAAUGGAGAAUGAAGACUGGCCUCACCAUCUCUCGUUUCCCAGUGUCCGACCGACGAGGGGAGUGGUCAGCUGCUCUACACAGGAUUGUGUCGACAUACCUAGUCCACCAUGGCUAUUGCUCAACUGCAGAAGCUUUCACCAAGAGCACCAAUCAGCCCAUAGAUGAAGAUCUGGCUUCCAUCAAGAACAGACAGAGAAUCCAGAAGCUGGUGUUGGCGGGACGAAUGGGUGAAGCCAUCGAUGCCACCCAGCAGUUGUACCCAGGACUCCUGGAGAGAAACCCCAACCUUCUUUUCACACUCAAGUGCAGACAGUUCAUCGAGAUGGUCAACGGAACAGACAGUGAAGUGCGCGGUGCUGCAAUCCGAAGCCCUAAGUCCCGACACAGUAGUGGUAGCAGUCGGUCCUCCCCGAGCAUGAGCCCAGUGCAUUAUGGGUGUGGCGGGAACACACUCCACCCCCAGAGGACGUCUGGGGGAUCAGGGAGCAGCAGUCCAAGCCGCUCAUCCACAAAAAGUCACAGCUCAGGCAGCUCCUCCCAAAACUCCCACAAUCAGUCAGACUCUCGUCGGGCAGAGGAGGAGAUGAACGCUGCAAACUCUGAUCACAUGUCAAUGAACGGCCGUUCACGAUUAAUUGACAAUGAUGACGUUGAAAUGAGCGAAGGUCAUGUAGAGGAUGGCGUGAUAACCAAUGGCACGUCGGGGGGAUCGGUGUGCAUGAACGGAAACUCUCACCCAUGUGAUGAUGAAGAUAUGGAGGUGGACUCUCCUUCAAGUCGCAGACAGAUGUGUGGAGGCAGUCAGGCUGCUGUACAGAAGAUGCUUCAGUUCGGCCGGGAUCUCAAGACCAUGAGUAUACACCUCCGCAGACAGUAUGGCAAGAAUGAUGCAAACAAAAAAGCAUUACAAGAUGCCUUCAGCUUGUUAGCAUACGCCGACCCCUGGAGCAGUCCUGUGGGGGUGCAGCUGCAGCCAGUGCAGAGGGAACCUGUGUGUGCUGCCCUCAACAGUGCCAUUCUAGAAUCCUAUGGAUUACCAAAACAACCUCCAUUAGAACUAGCCAUAGCUCAGGCCACCCAGUGUAUGAGGCUUAUGUCCAAAGAGGGUCUAGGAGCUUGCGCCUUUGCCAGUGUAUCAGACUUUCUCCACUAGUGCCAGGGUUAGGGUCACACCCACAUAUGUCAACAGGGUCGGCCUCGAUCUGAUAAACAUUGAAGCCUUCCUCCCUCCCAGCACUCAUAGUGAGUGGCUCUGGUUGCUAGGUGAGUGACUGUGGUUGCUAGGUGAUUGCCUCUACGUGAAUGACUCUGUGUAACUCUGGUGAUUACGUGAGUAGCUCUGGUUGCUAGGUGAGUGACUGUGGUUGCUAGGGGAGUGACUGUGGUGAUUCUAAGUGAAUGACUCUGUGUGAGCAACUCUGGUGAUUACAUGAGUGACUCUGGUUGCUAGGUGAGUGAUUCUGGCGUUGUGUGAUUCUGGUUGCUAUGUGCGUAUCUCUAGUUACUUGGUGAGUACCUGGUGAUUAUGUGACUUAAUGCAAGUGACUGGAUAUGACAUUAGUCUUGUUGUUAUGGCAACUAUGGGUACUUCUGGUAAUUAUGUGAAUGAUUGCAUGUAAGUGACUAGUGAUUAUGAGAUCGACUUUGGUUGCCAUGUGAGUGACUGGGGAUUAUGAGAUCGACACUGGUUGUCAUGUAAGUGACUGGGGACUAUGAGAUCGACUUUGGUUGCCAUGUAAGUGACUGGUGAUGACUAGCAACUGCACGAGUGACUCUGGUGAUUACAUGAGUGACUGGUGAUUACAUGAGUGACUCUGGUGAUUAUGUGAGUGACUGGUGAUUACGUGAGUGACUGGUGAUUACGUGUCUUUAUGUCAGUGACUAGCAACUUCAUGAGUGACUCUGGUAACUAUGUGAGUGACUCCGGUGACUACGUGAGUGACUCCGGCAACUCCACGAUUGACUCUGGUUGCUAUGUGAGUAACACUCAUGACUACGUGACUACCGAGGAUGCUGAUGAGUGCACCUAGGAUGAUCAUCAACUUGAUGGCAAACACACCCAGUUCAGUUGUACAGUGUAAUUGUAACAUGAAGUUCUGUAUGAUUGCACCAGUUGGAUGUGGAAGCUGGGUGGUGGUGGCGGCAUUCAGCGUUACAGAAGAUGCAGCAUUUAGCCAGGUUACCAGAAGGACGGCUGGGAUAGAAAGGUUCACGGACACAAAGCCCUGUGUCUGAUACACCUGUGAUAAUCUACAGUUUUAUUGUGCUCUGGAGACUUCGGGCAGCAACACAAAGGCAGAGGAGGAGAAUCUGUUACACUGGCCUCUAAAGGACAGCAGCAGUACUGUGCCCUUUGUACACAAACUCUCAAGUUUUUACAAUUUUAAUCUAAAAGAAGUGAUGUCAACAAAAAUAUUUUCAAAAUUAUUAAUAGCAGAACACAUUUGACCAACACCAUCGAGAGUGAUGAUAUUCAAGAUAUACUGUAUCCACACAUGGUAUUGAAGAAUACAAGUUGUAAAGAAACAUGCAUUAUAAUUAGAUCUUAUAUAAAGUGUAUGCAUUUAAAUUAUACCUUUUGUCUGGAUCAAGAAUUAAACUGAAGAAGUUUCAACAUGGUCAAGCUACAUGAUGAUGGACAAAAGUGGAAGCAACAUUUGGUUUCAUUGUGUGUCAAGCACAAAAGGUUUAAGCUCAGCUCUGGUCCAAACCUUGGUAAAAUGGUACUGUAAUAGAUAUGAUUUGUGAUCUACCCACAUCUCCCCUCCAUUACUGUUAUACUUCUGGUCUGUCAUGAAAGGUACAUAAAAUAUAUGUUUUAAAGAAUCACUUUGAAAAAUGUUUUUAUGUAUUUUACUUUUACUUCACAAAGCUGUAUAGGGGAAAAGAUACUUAUGUAAAAAGCAAUUAUGAAAAGGAACCUUAACAUUUAGAUAGAAGUUGUCUUUGUUAAACAAACCUGGUUCUAGAUUGAGGAUAACAGCUAAACAAAUCUGUUGAUUUGCCUGAACUAAAGGGAAAGAUGUUUCAGGCCUUACUAACUUCUCCAACACCACACUGCACUAUCCUACAUAUUUUCAUUAAUUUAAAAUGCUCCCCUUUAGAUGCUGUUAAUGUUUUCAGUAUCAACAAUCUUUUAGUUAUCAAACAUAACAUGUUAUCAAUGCAUGGAUCAUUGUACUGAUACAAGUUUUCAGGAUACGUAGUUGUAUCCUUCAUGGCACCAAGUAUCACAAUGUUUGGGCAUGUGGGAGACUCAUCACAGCCAUAGAAUUACACCACAGAGCUAACACAGAAUCUGCUGCUCAACCAGGUAGUGCUGGACUGAAAAACAUAACUGAAGACAAUACAGUGUAACAUAGUUUCCAUGUCAGGGACAGGUUGGGUAGUGAGCAUGACGCUAUGCUAUGCAUAGUCACUGAGAAUAUAUUUAUUACAUGUUUGUUACUUGUGGAAUCAUGUGUAUGAGUGGCAUUAACUGACUGCCCCAGAAUUGUUUGUGUUUUGAAAGAGGGAAACUUCUGCACUGUUGACGUAUGUCAGUUACUCUGGACUCUCCUUGAGUUGUGUAACAUCAUGUCCCGGCUUCAAAACUCAGAGGAUGUCCUUUGGGUGCUGCACUCCCAGCAUAAAGUUUUAUUCAUGAAAUUGCAUCAGAUUUGUACUAAUAGAUACAAUGUGAAUAGUUGAAGUAUUUCAGAGUUUACUUCACAGUAUGUACCUGUAAGUGAGUCAGUUUAGUGCUGAAUUACAAAAGAGCUGAAUUUUCAAAAAAUUCAUUGAGUAGACUGUCAAUAUUUUGCAUUUGCAUGAUCAGUGGAAUAUUGAAUGGUAGUGCCAGUGUCUUCAGUCCUCACUUUCUGCACCCCACCCUUAUAAACUAAUCCUGUACUUCAUCAGCAAUCCACCCCAUCCCCCAUUAGCAGCGUAAAGCCCACAGCAACAACUUCCCAGAGUCAGUGACCCACCCAUAUCAGGAGAGUGGGGCUGUGGGGUAGCCCAGUGGUUAAAGCAUUCCCUCGUCACGCCGAAGACCCGGGUUCGAUUCCCCACAUGGGUACAAUGUGUUAGGCCCAUUUCUGGUGUUCCCCGCCGUGAUAUUGCUGGAAUAUUGCUAAAAGAGGCGUAAAACUAAACUCACUCACUCAUCAGUAGAGACUCACACACAUUGUAACUGUUAUGCAUCUGCAGCCCACCAUCAUCAGAAGCAGCCCGUCUAUAUCAGCAGAGAACCCCUUCUGUGACUAACCCUUAUGAGCACGGGCGCGCACGCACGCACGCACACACACACACACAUACACAGAGAGUGUGUCUGUGUCUGUAACUGCUACCCGUCUGCAGACCACCACCAUCAGAAGCAGCUCGCCUGUAUCAGCAGCCCACCCCUCCAGUGACUAGACCACUGACAGUGCAGGAGCUUCCUUCUUGUUGUUUACUACCUGGAUUAACAUUACUGCUAUGUAUUAGCUGGAUGAUCUUUGUCUAUCGAUUGUACAGAUUCUAGAGAUAUGCUGACAUGUUGAUAUUAUGGGAAUGUACAGGGAUUUGUUGACAAAUGUUUUGUUUCUCCAAAUGUUUUUUCCUUCUACUAGUGUAGCGUUGCUGAUGAAGCACCAUUAGAUCAGACCUUGACACAGUUGAUGGAUUAACCAUUGGCCUCAUAAUUCUCAGGCCAUAACCCUGUGUAAAUCACAGCAACUGAGAAUCAGUAUCACUGUUUGAUGUAAUGUCCAGUAAAUAUCAAGUCUAGCUGAACCAGAGCUAGCCAUACGCUGCAACAACAGACAUAUUGUGGAGGUACCUGACCAACAGUAAAUCUGCAGUCUUGGGGAGAAACUCCAGUAUCGAGAAUCGACCUAAGUAUUCUGAGAGCUCUGCAAGUGUUGAUAAACAUUCCUAAAUUAGAAUUAAAGAUAUCCCAUUUCAGGUUUUCGUUAUCUUUAAUUAAUCAUAUUAUGUUACAGCUUUUCAUUCUGGUAUGUGACUUUGUUAGACAUUUUUGUUUUCAAUGAAAUGUUGGAAUAUCUCUAAAUAUAAGAUUUCAGUGAAAUAUAUUGGUAUCAGGAAUACAUGGGGUUGGGUAUCGGAAAUACAAUUGGAUAAGUUAUCAGGAAUAGAGGUCAGGUAUCAGAAAUACAAUCGGGUGAGUUAUCAGGAAUAGAGGUCAGGUAUCGGAAAUAGAGGUGAGUUAUCAGGAAUAGAGGUCAGGUAUCGGAAAUACAAUCGGGUGAGUUAUCAGGAAUAGAGAUCAGGUAUCGGAAAUACAAUUGGGUUAGGUAUCAGAAAUAUAUGGGGUCAGUAAUUGGGAAUAUUGGUCAGGUAUCGUAAAUACAUGGGGUCACCUAACAGGUAUAGGGGUCAGGUAUUAGGAAUUGAGGUACGGAUAUCUAAAUGUAUCAGAAAAGGAAAGCAACUGGUUUUUGUUUGAAAGAGUCAGUGACCAUGACUCACUGGCAGUCACAAGCAUACAUACAAUUUGCCAGAUAUAUUUCUGUGAUUUUCAUGUUUCUCAAUGUAGGUCUAAAGAUAUAUAGAUGUGAUCUGGUUCAGAUGAAAAAUUGAAGUUGAUUACUUUUGUCAAUAUUUUUGACAGCUGAUUUCAUCUGAAACAUGUUCAGUCACACAUGUGGUUUACACAGAGCUAUGGACCAAUAACACACCACCUAUGUGAGACCUUGACACAAAGAAGUCAUUGUUAAUACAGUAUUCAUCAAACCAUCCCUGAUUAACAUCCCGAUGUUGGAGUAUCCCGCUGCCGCAGUCAUGACUAGGACUCCAAAUGACUUCCUUCUCAUCCACUGCAAGACUCCUAUGGAGCAGAGACUGUUAUGGACGAGUGUUUAAUUUAUUAAUUUGUGAUAAUGAUUUUAAUUAGACUCAUUGAGAAUGUAUGUAGUUUCAAUAUUUUAUUAUCCUGAUUACACCUCUGAAAUGGAUAAACUGAGGGUUACUAUUAUGCCUAUUGUGAGAAUGUGUGAUAUAUGAUAAUAAAUUACAAAGUUUGUACAGGA